AUGAUGGCUACUCUGCUCCGUGCUUAUGCUGCUCGCCAGCCGACGGCCGCGCUGGCGGUUCGUACAUGCGCGUUCCCGCAGCGCUCGAUGUGGGUGAAGGUGCAGGCGGGCCAGGACUCGAGCCGCGUGGCCAGCCGCAUGCAGACGAUUUUGGCUGAGGACGGAACGCUCAAAACACUGGCGCGCAAGAGAUUCCACGAGAAAAAGUGGCAGAAGCGCAAGCGCAAAGACGGGGAGCAGACCAUUCGACGUGCGAAUCGACGCGUGGGGUCGAUGAUCGACUUUAUCUUGCGCCGCAAGAAAGCGUGCGUAUCCGUGUGCUUUGUGCGGGUGUUUCGUUUGACUGUGAUGGAGCCCCUGACCUGCUGA